UUCGUGCGUCUGGGAGUUGGCGCGCGUCAAGGGGUUAACGGCUGUGGCGCGUGAGGCGCGGUUGGUUGGCUGCUUGCGCUUUGGCUGCUGCUGGUUGGUUGGCCGCCCGCUGCGGCUUUGCGCUCGUGGACGCGGCGGCAGCGGCGCGCGGCAGAGAGCCACAGAGCUCGGAGGUGGUGGCGUCGGGGAGAGGAUGCGUGCGCGGGUUUGACCGCGCUCCCACUCGCAUGCUGCUGCUGCUGACUGUGAGAGCAGCCGGAGAACAUGUCCUUCAUGGACGGCAUGGAGAACCCAACGGAGAACCCGAGCAAGGCGGUGGAGUAUCUGAAAGAGCUGAACAACAUCAUCGAGACCCAGCAGGGGCUUCUGGACCAACAGAGGGUCCGGAUCGAGGAGUUGGAGCUCCAGGUGGCGGACCUGUGCCAGGAAAACGCCUGUCUGAAGGAGCAGCAUCAGCGGCACCUGGCCGCCUGCAGACUACUCCAGCAGGGGAACCAUGGCGCGCUGGGGGCCAUCAGGGAGAACAUCACACCAGAAAAGGAACUCACCUCAUCACCUGCUCAAGCCUCUGAAAUCCCUCUAAUCCUUGCUGCCCCUCCACGUAAAGGGUGUUAUCGCAAAUGGAAGUCUGCAUCUUUUGGGCCAGACUCGGAGGAGCUCAGCUCUGCAUUGGCUUACAGGCAGCACCAUCAAUCUGUGGAAGGCGAUGGCCCAGGCACUGAGGUUGGAACCUCUGUUGACUCCAGCAGCUGCUACAGUUACGUCCCAGUGACCCACCGAGGUGGACUUGGUCCUGAGCGCCUCGAUAGCCAGCUCUACGGGCAGAUUCUGCUGGCUGGACACCCACGUACACGCAGGUCAAAGCUGCAGCACUCCCAGUCCAUCCUCCGAAAGCAGGCAGAGGAAGAAGCCAUCAAGCGCUCCCGCUCACUGUCAGAAAGCUAUGAGCUUUCAUCUGACCUUCAGGACAAACAGGUGGAGAUGCUAGAGCGUAAAUAUGGUGGGCGUUUCAUAACUCGGCAUGCUGCACGCACCAUCCAGACAGCCUUCCGCCAGUAUCAGAUGAACAAGAACUUUGAGCGUCUUAGAAGCUCUAUGUCCGAGAACCGCAUGUCCAGACGGAUUGUUUUAUCCAAUAUGAGAAUGCAGUUUUCCUUUGAAGGACCUGAAAAAUUCAACAGCUCCUAUUUUGAGGGGAAGCAAGUUUCACUGACAGAUGGUGGCACCAAAGUUGGAGCACUAGUUCAGUCAGAUCAUGAUGGGGAGAGGGGCCAGUCGAAGACCUCAACUCCACAAAGCGACUUCACUGAUGCCAUUACAGAACUAGAAGAUGCUUUCUCCAGGCAGGUGAAGUCCUUAGCUGAGUCUAUUGACGAUGCUCUGAACUGCCGCAGCUUGCAUGGAGAAGACGGUCAGCCAGAGCAAAGGAGAAGAGACAAGGAUAUGGACAAACAGGUUGAACCUUCUCAGAGCUCCCCAGACAGGUGCAAACUGGAGGAGAUGACAGCAUCUUAUAGCGAUGUUACCCUGUACAUUGAUGAAGAGGAGUUAUCACCACCCCUGCCUCUUUCGCUGUCAGUAGACCGACCCUCCAGUACAGAAUCUGACCUGCCUCAACGCUCCCUUAACUCUUCCCAAGACUACUGGUCCCUUGUUCACAAGGAUGACAAAGGCGACACUGAUACCAGCUGUCGCAGCACACCUUCCUUAGAAUGUCAAGAGCAGCGUCUUCGAGUUGAACACCUGCCCUUAUUGACCAUUGAGCCUCCCAGUGACAGUUCGGUGGAGUUAAGCGAUCGUUCUGAUCCUAGUUCUUUAAAGAGACACAAUGCCUAUGAGCGAAGCAACCAGCAAAGUAGCCCCAAACAUGUCAGCCGCAGCCUACCACCUCGAGGACCUUCCAGAGAGGAAGGUCACCGACCCCGACAGCUUGAUCCUCAUGUGGUGGUCAAUGGUACCCCAAACCGGCAGAGCAAGUCCGAGUCUGAUUUUUCCGAUGGUGACAAUGACAGCAUCAACAGCACAUCGAACUCCAAUGACACGAUCAACUGCAGCUCUGAGUCUUCAUCGAGGGACAGCCUCAGGGAGCAGACGCUCAGCAAGCAGACAUACCACAAAGAAACACGCAACAGCUGGGACUCACCUGCUUUCAGCAACGACAUUAUUCGGAAGAGACACUACCGCAUUGGCCUAAACCUCUUCAACAAAAAACCAGAAAAAGGCACCCAGUAUCUGAUAGACCGAAACUUUGUUCCUGACACCCCGGUGGGGGUGGCCCACUUCCUGCUUCAGCGGAAAGGCUUGAGUAGGCAGAUGAUUGGCGAGUUCCUGGGAAACAGACAGAAGCAGUUUAACAGGGAUGUUCUUGACUGUGUGGUGGACGAAAUGGACUUUUCUGCCAUGGAGCUUGAUGAAGCACUGCGCAAAUUCCAGGCGCACAUCAAAGUGCAGGGAGAAGCUCAAAAGGUUGAGCGCCUGAUAGAAGCCUUCAGCCAGAGAUACUGCAUCUGCAACCCUGGAGUGGUGCAGCAGUUCAGGAACCCCGACACCAUCUUCAUCCUGGCCUUUGCAAUCAUCCUCCUCAACACUGACAUGUACAGUCCCAACGUCAAGCCUGAGAGGAAGAUGAAGUUGGAGGACUUUGUGAAAAACCUGCGAGGCGUUGAUGAUGGGGAGGAUAUUCCCAGAGAAAUACUGGUGGGGAUAUAUGAGCGGAUUCGCAAGAGGGAGCUUAGGACUAAUGAAGAUCAUGUGUCCCAAGUUCAGAAAGUAGAGAAACUUAUUGUUGGAAAGAAGCCGAUUGGCUCUUUGCACCAGGGUAUUGGCUGUGUGCUGUCGCUGCCCCACCGAAGACUGGUUUGUUACUGCAGACUGUUUGAAGUACCCGAUCCCAACAAACCCCAAAAGCUGGGUCUACAUCAGAGGGAGAUCUUCCUCUUUAACGACCUGCUGGUGGUUACAAAGAUCUUUCAGAAGAAAAAGAACUCUGUGACUUACAGCUUUCGGCAGUCCUUCUCACUUUACGGCAUGCAAGUGCUGCUGUUUGAAAAUCAGUAUUAUACCAACGGAGUUCGUCUGACCUCAGCCAUUCCUGGGGCGGACAUCAAAGUCCUCAUCAAUUUCAAUGCACCGAACCCUCAGGAUCGCAAAAGGUUUACUGACGAUCUGCGAGAGUCAAUAGCAGAAGUCCAAGAGAUGGAGAAAUACCGGAUAGAAUCUGAGCUGGAAAAGCAGAAGGGAGUCGUGAGGCCCAGCAUGUCCCAGAGCGCAGGCUUAAAAAAGGACACCGGGAACGGCACCCUGAGCCGAGCCAGCCUCGAUGACAGUUACGCCAUAGGAGAAGGCCUGAAGAGGAGCGCCCUCAGCAGCUCCCUACGUGACCUCUCAGAUGCAGGCAAGCGUGGAAGACGCAGCAGUGCAGGAUCUCUAGACAGCAAUCUGGAAGGCUCCAUCAUUAGCAGUCCUCACAUUCGACGGCGAUCCCCCUCCAGCCGAGACUGUCCGUCCCGCCACAGUGGCCACUCCCUGCCAAGCUCCUCCUCCCUCCUGGGCUCUUUGUUUGGCACCAGGCGGGUGAAGUCCCCAAGCCCCACCCCCCAGCUGUCACAUCCCACCCUCAUGGCCCAUUCCCCCCACCCUUUGAAUCUGCACCACACAGCCCGGGUGGAGACGGACACGCCGGCCCCUAUGAUCCCGCACAACGCCCCGUUCUGCCAUAUGGGCCAGAACCCCCCGCCUUACCACCACCACCACCACUAUCACCCACCCGCUCACCUGAAGCACCCGCCGCACCAGUACCACCCGCCGCCCCCCCACAACCAGCAGCUAACUUACCCUCACUCGCAGCACGGCCAUGGAGGCCACUCAACACACCCACCGCAUCCUGGUCACGGCCCCCACCUCCACGGCCCCUCACCUCCAGCGGCCCCUCCUCAGGGCUCCAGCAACAGCAAGUCUAAGCACAGCGGCAUCAGUACAGUGGUGUGAGGGGUCACUAAGGCCUCUGCCCCUGAACUAUUGGGGGGGUCUGUAGCAGGGGCAGUAAGCCCCACCUCAGCAGCACUCUUGGUUACACCCAUCCGAGGGGGCAAACAAACUGCUGUGUUGCAGGUCACUUCUUUUCUUUCAGGUCAUGAGUUACGUCUGACUGCUUCAGAAGCAGAUAGCAGGAAUGGGGGGGUUGAGCACACAGACCACGAGCACUGUGUGAAUCAGAUGAAUGAUGCGUGUGCUUUACAGGAGAAGCUCAGACUGGUUUGUCCCUGGGGGGGUGCUGGUUUGGUCGGCCCAGCAGGAGUCGAUUGUUUCUUGUAGCAGUAGCUUUCGUUCACUGUGAUUCUGGUAGCAGUUUUAAAUGUGCCAACUAUCCGAGCAUUAAUAAAGUAGCUACAGAAACUGCUUCACGUGCAUCAUAUUUUUGUAAGAUACAGAUAUCAGCUGUCACCGCUAAGAUUAUUGAUGAAUAAACAUCAUCAAUUCCAGCUCAGUAUUCCCACUCACGCAGUCGUAGGAAACUUUUCACACUUUUUCCCAAAUUCCGAUUUUCUCCUGGUUGCCUUUGAGGUGGAGCACAGUUAAUGGGACGGAUGCGCCCCGCCUGUCCGCUGCCCCCUCUCUGCUCCUGUCUUUGGUCUCUGAAUAAUAGAUGCCAUGGAAGGUGGUUAGCAGACAGACUUCUUCUCCGCCCUUCAGUCCUGCUGCUUUGUUUUCGAGUCUUUGGUAUCUGAAUGCACAAUAUUUGUUUUGGGAGAAGCUCGGCACGGAGCUGAAGGGGUCUCAGCCAGUCUGGCUUGGUUUGCUGAAUGUGGCUGUGAGUAAGUCACGCAGGAACACCUGGGCCUUCAGAAACACCACAGUGCAAACUCCACAUUUAUCAUUAGAAUCCGUUUUAUAUCACUCAUUUCCUAAUGGCUAUCCUCUGCACAUGGACCUGUCAUGUGCUGCAGCACCUUUCCUUUCAGAAGUGAUGGACAGCACUACUUUUUAUUUUGUCAUCUGCAACAAAAUGUGUAUGUUUUGAAUUUGUGCAAUACGUAUUAUUAGCUUUUCUUUCCUUCAGGAAUGAGCCUAUUCUGUUGGUUGUUUCAGUUUGCAAACCAUCCGCACCUCUAAAUUGUUGCAUGCCAUUUCUCUUGUCAAUGAAUCUAUAAGGACCAAUAAUUCCGAUUAUGUAAACAUAUGCCUUUAAAGACCCACUCCAAAGAAAACGUGUUCUUGGUGUUAACAUAUUUUAUUGGAUUUUUUCUCAUGAUGAAGGACAUAUAUGAACAAAAUUAUUAGUUAUUUCUCUAUUAAAAUUGUGUUGAAUCAGGAACAGGCGAAAAAAUGCAGUUUAAAAAAGCUUGUAGCCGUGACGUACAUAGGUGCUCCAGUCAGUGGGCCCCAAACUCCCUGCUCCACUCCAUUCGGAUGCAUCCACUGGCAGACAGAUAAAUUCAUCUACGUCUUUGUUUUCCUCGCCUCAGCUGGCAUCUGGCUCAGAACUGCACGGCUGGACACCUCCGAUUUUGCUCGCCAUUUUUGUUACACCAGUAAUGUUAGGUGGGGGUUGUUGGGGGCUGUAAGCUAACAGGAGAGAGGGUAAACCCGGGGAUGAUGGGUAGUGCGGGAAGGUGUACUCUACCAACAGUUCUCCCUGCAACUCUCAGGCAAAUUUCUAAUAAAACAGAAACUGUGUUCUUGAAAACAGCACUGGCUUUUUCCUUUUGGCUAAAAACAACAUAACCAUAAAUAUAAGACCACUUUUACAAUAGAUCAAAAGAGGAUUGGAGUGGGACUUUAAAGUAUUGCAACAGAAAAGCAGAAUAUCUUUGAUUGCACUGGUGUCAUUCCUUUUGCCCGGAUGUUUCUGGCCAUCAUUUUUCAACUGCACACUGUAGUUUAAGUGCACAACCGCAUUUCAAUAUCAACCUUUUUAAUGCUGCAACAACAAAGGUUUUGUCUUGGGACUAAAUACAAAGCCUCUGAAAGUAAACUAUUGUCCCGUUUGAUGUUUUUUUUUUAUGUCAGUUGGCCUGCUUUCUUCCUCUGAAAUAACGGAGAUUACUGCUGGUUUGAGGAUGAAAAGGCUGUUGUCCUUCCUCUGUACCUGGUGAAAUCCUCAUGAUGCUUUAACCCUUGUGCUAUCUUAGAUGACCCCCCCCCCCCCCCCUUACAUUGACGUGUUAUUCCUACCAGGACAAAGGUGGAUAAAGGUGGAAAGAUUUCAUGUAAUCCAUGGACAUCAGUGAAGAUCACAAAUCAUUGAAGAAAAAAGGUUCAGCACACUGUUUAGUGGGUUUAGAUGACCCAACUCCCAACGUUAAAGGGCCUAGGAUAGCACAAGGGUUAAAAUGGAAACAGAUCUCAGGUCUGAUGAGCCAGUGAUUCAGCUCCAGUUGUCCAUUUUCCAUGACGAAUCCUUUGCUGCAUGCUGGUGAUUCCCAACUCUUUUCUUUUCUUUCUCAGACUUCAGGCAUUCUGACUGUUGCUUAGUUAACCGACUUACCGUCUUCUAGGGCAUCACUAUCCCAGCAUGCACUUGUGCUUACAUUGUACAGUGAAAGGAAAAGUGCUGCAGUGUAAAGUGCAGUCAUUUAAAUAAAUCCAUUUUUGAAAACACAAAGCAACUUUAUGUGGAAUGAAACGUUUAAAACGGGAUUUAUUUUCAGGGUGGGUGGAAGCUGAAGAGUUCUAUACAUGUAAAUAAGUUGUAAAUGAUUAUCAUUAAUUUAUGGAUUUUUUAUCAUUUGUGGUAAAAAUCACAUCUGUGUCUGCAGUGACACUGAAGGUCAUCAUCCUGCUCCGCGUUAGACCUGACAGGAAUGAGUCAUCCCAUUAUCUACAGGCCAACAGCUAACUGGAACCUGUUUAACCCCGCUCCUCUUUUCCAGAUGCUCCCCUUUCCUCACAUUUAGCUCACUCCUAAAUUCCGAGGGAAGGCAGAAUAGUUCCUGUUUUAAUAUAUUUUGGUUUUUUUUUUUCAGUAGGAAGAACCCUGUUGAUGUAAAACUAGUACUGUGACCAUGCUAACGCAAAAUAAAACCUGAUGCUGUAAGCGCUGAA